UCGUAAUUGGACUUGGAACCCAAUGGCCGGUGGUUCGUUAGAUAUAUGGAUUAUAGAAAAAAUAAAACACAGAGCCAGGCCCAAUGGCUUUAGUUUGAUAAGCCCAACAGUUUAAAGCCGGCAACUCUUUCACUGGAGUAGCAACGUAAGGACGAUAUGGGGAUUAAGGCAGGAAGCAAAUUUGCAGUGUAUUGAAAUUUUUUGAUGAGAAAAAAUGGACGGAGUAGUUGUAAAGCUUCCUUCAUUUCCAUUUCUAAACCCUACUAUUUCUUCUUCUUCUCCUUCUUCCCCAACUUUUCGGCUAGGCUUCCGCCGCUUCUCUGCUACGCUUUCCGCCGUUAAAGAAGGCUCCGUCUCAUUAGGUCACUUAACCCGCCCCCACUUCCCCAUCCUCCACCAGGAAGUAAAUGGGUCGAAACUUGUUUACUUAGACAAUGCGGCAACCUCUCAAAAACCAACGGCUGUGUUAAAAGCUUUGCACAAAUAUUAUGAAGCUUACAAUUCAAAUGUUCACAGAGGAAUUCAUUACUUGAGUGCCAAGGCAACUGAUGAGUACGAGCUGGCACGGAAGAAAGUGGCGGCUUUUAUUAAUGCAUCAGAUUCUGCUGAGAUUGUUUUCACAAGAAAUGCUACUGAGGCUAUUAAUUUAGUUGCUUAUUCUUGGGGUUUGUCCAAUUUAAAGCCUGGGGAUGAGAUUGUACUUACUAUUGCUGAACAUCAUAGUGCUAUUGUUCCUUGGCAAAUUGUGGCACAAAAGACGGGUGCUGUUUUGAAAUUUGUAAGUUUAGGUGAGAAUGAGGUUCCGGAUGUAGAGAAGCUGAGAGAGAUGAUCUCUACAAGGACAGAACUUGUAGUUGUUCAUCAUGUUUCUAAUGUGCUCGGCUCUGUUCUUCCUAUUGAAGACAUUGUGAUUUGGGCUCAUGAGGUUGGAGCAAAAGUGCUUGUAGAUGCUUGUCAAAGUGUUCCCCACAUGGUGGUUGAUGUCCGAGGUCUUGAUGCUGACUUUCUUGUUGCUUCUUCUCACAAGAUGUGUGGGCCUACAGGCAUUGGAUUCUUAUUUGGUAAGAGCAAUCUCUUGUCAGCCAUGCCUCCAUUCUUAGGUGGUGGAGAAAUGAUCUCUGAUGUAUUUUUAGAUCAUUCAACAUAUGCAGAACCCCCAUCCAGAUUUGAGGCUGGAACACCUGCAAUUGGGGAAGCAAUUGGAUUAGGGGCUGCAAUUGAGUACUUGUCCGGGAUUGGCAUGCAGAAGAUUCAUGACUAUGAGAUGGAGCUGGCUAAUUAUUUAUAUGAAAAACUCUGUUCUGUUCCGAAUAUUCGGAUCUAUGGUCCAAAGCCUUCAGAUAGCAUUCACCGUGCUGCUCUCUGUUCUUUCAAUGUUGAGAAUAUUCAUCCUACGGACCUUGCAACUUUUCUAGACCAACAGCAUGGAGUGGCUAUCAGAUCAGGUCACCAUUGUGCCCAGCCUCUUCAUCGCCAUCUAGGAGUGAGUGCAAGUGCACGUGCGAGCCUUUACUUCUACAAUACCGAGGAAGAUGUUGAUGACUUCAUCCGUUCGCUCAAUGAUACAGUCAGCUUCUUUAAUUCUUUCAAGUAGUACUUUUCUUGUUUUCCUCAUAAGAUCGUGUCAAACAAUCCUGUAUACUAUAUUAAACCUCAUGAUAAGGACCUUUUUCAUUUUUUACACAAUUAUCGUGUAUAAGUGUCUGGUCUAUUUCGUGUUUGACAACUAUUGCGUAACAAAAUGGACCGACACAUCCAGAAUCAAUACUAGAAAUUCACUUCAGUCUUGUAGUCAGAGAUGGAAAGGUUCAAUGUAUGAACUGGUUAUUGUCCUUUGUUUUUA